CUUCACUGACCGGCAUCAUCGUUUCUCAGCUAUAUAGGCCGACCGUUGACUGACAGCUGGCAGUGCGCUCACCACUUCUCAUUUCACUUCCCCUCACCAUGGAAUUGCCGCCAGCCGUCACCAAAUUCCUGGCCUCGCCUGCCGUGCAAGAGUUCCAGGCGUGGGCCAUACAGCCACCCUUCGGUCCUCUCAACGCUCUCCACGAAGCCCACCUCCGCGGACGUGAAUGGCAGCCAUGGGCAUCUCCUGCGGCCUACACCUUUGCAACUCUACCCAUGCUCUGGCAAGGCUUUUUGAUUGUCAAGCCCGGCACCCGUCCCAAGCGCGCGGCGCUCGGUGCGCUGGGACUUGCGAUGUACAUUCCAUGCUGGCUCGAGUGGCGCUUCAACGAUCCAUCGCAGAACAUGGGCAACUGCGCUUUGUCUCUGUACACGUUCUUCGUCAUUGCCAAGUAUCUUGAGUUCUCUCUCCUCACGGGGCCGAUCGUCGACCCUCGUCUAUUGCGCUCUCCAUCGCCUUCACGCAAAACCUAUAUCCUUAGUGCGCUCGACUUAACGAUCAACUUCCGUUGCAUCGGCCUAGGCAGCAUUGGCCUAGACAACUCGCUUGGCCCGCGCAAUAGCACCCUCAAGGACAACUACUACUGGCACCCGCGUUGGCCUCCGCUCGGGCGUGCUGCUACCGUAGCGCGCCAUCUGUACGCCGUGGCAUGGAACUACGUCAUUGCCGAUGUUGUUGUCGCCUUCCUUCGCUCUCUUGGCCACGACACGAUCUGCAAGCCCGGCGGCCGCCCCAACUCAGUUGACCUGUUCAUCAACCAGUGGGAGUAUCCUCAGAAGGCCUUCGCGUACAUCUUCGCCGCCACUGUCAUGGGUAACACCGUCGCACUCUUUAUCGGCGCGGGGCACCAUUUCAUCGCAGCUCUUGCGGUGGGGACCGGUCUGUGGGAAACAAGCGCAUGGGACUUUCCGAUCUUCAGCUACCCGAUCUUGUCCACCAGCAUCAACGAGAUGUGGAGCCGCCGCUGGCAGCAGGUCAUUCGCCACUACAUGGCCGUCCAGUCCACGAUUGCAAUGUGGUUCCUGCCACCAUUCUUGCGCAGGCGGGCCACAUACAUGCUCUUCGUCUUCCACUUUAGCGCCCUCCUGCACAUCAUUGGUCAUAUCGGCAUGGACCCGGUGCCCCCUGCGUCCAACAUUUGGAUCUUCUUCAUGCUGUCGGGCGUUGGCUGCCUAGCCGAGCGCGCAUUCCGAAGCAUUACGGGACGUCGCGUCCGCGGCGUCUUCGGGUGGCUCUGGACGUGGACGUACCUCGUCAUUACAAGCAGGCUAAUGGCCGACGCCUGGCUAGACGUAGGUUUUCCAGUGCUGUGGUCGAACGCGCCGCGCCUCGGCCUGGGCGACGCCAUCGUCAAGGCGGUCGGCCUGACUCCCAAGUAGCUGUGCGGAAGGGGGGUUCAUUAUUAAAAGCUGUGUAUAGACGUUUGCGCCCCUACAGUGUUACCGAUGAAGUGUCUGUUCC